ACGGUAUUAUUUUGGUAUUAUUUUUGAAGUGAUUUUUCACAUUGAUUAUAAACUAACAUAAAAUUAGUUAAAAAUAUAGAAAAAUCUUGAAUUUUUAAAUUAGAUAGUUAAUUUAAUUGACAUAAUAAAAAUUAACCAAAAAUUAGAAGUUAUUUUAAAAUAAAAAUAAUAUUUCUUGUGUUUUUAUCCGAAAAUAAUAUCUUUUAAUAAAUUUUAAAAAUAAAAUUUACUUUAUAUAUAUAUAUAUUGUGUUGUUAUCCAAAAAAUAUUUUAAUCAAAAAAUUUAAAAAUUAAGAAACAUAAGAUGUAUAAUUAAAUACUAAUUAAGUAAUGAAUAUAUUAUCUUAAAAAAAUUUCAAAUUUUUUGUUAGUUUGUGUAUUAUCUUAUUUAAGAAACAUAAGAAUUCAAAAUUUAUUUAUUAAUAAUGAAUAUAUUAUCUUUAAAAAAUCAAAAUAUUUCUGAUACGUACGCACUAACAAAAAUAUAUAUUUUUGAUGAAUAAUUGUCAUGUAUAAAUAAUUUAACAUUUAAUUUAAAAAUUUUGAAGACAUAAAUGAUAAUUUAUUUGAUAAUCUUUGAAUUAAUGAUAUAUAUGAGAAAUUUCCUAGGAUAUACCUUUUUAAGUUCUUGUCAUAAAAAUAGCUUUCAAAGACAAAAUGACUAAAGUAAAUUUUAUUAAAUAGUAAAUAUAUAUUUAUACUCUUAGGGUUAACUAAUCUAGACUUAGAGUUUAGAGUUAAGGGGUGAGGUUUUGUGAAUAAAGUUUCAAAUUUUAAAAAAUAAAAAAUUAAAAUUAAAAUUUUCAAAAUAAAAUUUUGGUCAAUUUCCUCUUUGAUGGCUAUUUUUGUGACAAAAACUUAAAAUAGACUAUUCGAGAGAAUUGCUCUAUAUAUAUUAAUAAAUAGAUGUAAUUAUCCGGGGACAAAACACUGGUAAAAAAAAAGAAAAACAAAGAUUUUGACUCCAAAAGAUAAACUAAAGAUUCCGGUACAUUAAAAAGUGAUAUACUAAACGUCAAAACCCUAAAUAAGAAUUCAAAGCCUUUGGACGAUCACAAUGACUGUGAUGUCAUACCUUCCAGGAGAUUUGCUAGAGGAGAUACUCUGUCGCGUCCCUGCAGUAUCUCUGAAACGUCUACGAUCUUCAUGCAAACGUUGGAACCGUUUAUUCAACGAUAAGCAAUUCUCAACAAAGCACUUGGAUAAAGCAGCAAAACAGUCUCUGGUUUUUAAGGUGACACAAUAUUCUAGGGCUUGUUUGAUGAGUGUCAAUCUCCAUGGAACUCCAUCUGUAGAGUUUAAAGGUGAGCUUAGCCUACUCGGUUCGCAUUUGAAUGCAAAUCAGGUCAAAAUAUCAGUCUUUCACUGCGACGGGUUAUUGUUAUGUACUAUCAGUAGCGACACUAGAAUCGUGCUUUGGAACCCGUUUACUGGUAAGACCAGGUGGAUCCAACCAAGAAGUACAAAACACUCAUAUGCUCUUGGAUCCUACAAAGAACCUAGAUGUGGAACUAGUAGCUACAAAAUAUUGAGCUAUAGAACUUAUAAUGACCAUGAGUUUGACUCUAAUAUGAGAAUUCUUGAUUUCACUUCCGACUUCGAGUUAUUGUAUAUUGGUACCAGCGUGUCUUUCAAGGGGAAGACGUAUUGGUUUGCUUCCGAUAGAGAAGAUGAACAACUCGGCAUGUUCUUGGUCAGUUUUGACUACACAACAGAGAGAUUUGGACGCUUGAGUCUUCCUUGUAAGUAUCCUGUAGGUUUUUUCCAUGAUGUGGCUCUAUCCGUUGUUGGAGAAGAGAAGCUUUCAGUGUUAUUACAACCAAGAAACACACGGGGGAAAGAGAUAUGGGUAACAAACAAGAUCGAUGGGACGAAAGAGGUGUCGUGGAGAAAGUUCUUAACAGUGAAUUACCCCGAACGUGAUUAUUGGAUUACUUUUACUUGUUUUUGGGUCGACGAGGAGAAGAAAGUCGCCCUAUGUUGCGAGAAAUGUAUGUUCGACCGCAAUACCAAGAUCAAGGACUUGGUAUACAUUGCUGGGGAGGAUAAUGAAGUCAAACUAAUUGAUUUUGGAGCAGUUACAUUUGGAUCAUGUUGGCCAGUUCUUGAUUAUUUUCCAAGAUUGGCCUAUAUCCAACCAGGUGGAGGCUUAAAGAAAAGAAAGAGAAAGAGGUGACUGCUACAUUCAACAUUUUUGUGUGUGCUUUCUUAAUCUAUCUUGGUCAUGUCCUUUGAGCUGACAGUUCAUUAACAAGUGGUCUUGUCCUUGGAAUAAUUGAUUAAUGAAUAUUUAUAUAUUUCAUUAAAACAUAUUAAACUCUUUAAUUCAUGUAAAAUCAUAUAAAAACUUAUUAAAAAUGCAAUUACUUCAAAACUCUAAAGUAAAUACACCAUUCGCAAUACGUCAAACAAAAAAGGAAUAUACCUUUAGAAAAUUUCGAUUUAAAUAAUAAUUUUGUAUGAAUGUUAGUUUGAACUGGAAACCUAAAAUUAGAAUCUUUCAAAGUAAAAUACACAACUACAUGCAUUGUCUAUUUACAAUUUGAUUUCAUUUUCUUGUUUGUAAAGGAAGAUGGAACCCAACAACAAUAUCUCUAAAUUUUAGUUUUAAAAGCCACUUCUCGUUGCUUUUGACUUGUUCUAGAGACUAGAGUAGGCACGCAGUUCAAUUUUUCGGUUAGUUAGGAUCAGUUAGUUUGGGUCGGUCAAAAUUUCACCGUAGUGAUCUAAAAAUUUUUGGAUCAACUUGGUUUUUGAUUACAUUGGUUUCAAAAUUUUAACCGAUUUUUUUAGACACAACUUGCAUUGAACUAAAUGUUGAAGACUACAAUGACAAGAGGAAAUUAAACAUCCUCUUGAAAACAAACCAUAAACUACAACAGCAAAAGUAAUUAAAUAUAAUAAGUCUUCAUAUGAAGUUGACAGCGAAUUCGAGACAUGGUUUGAAUGCAUCGAUAAAGCAUUUCCAGCAAAGUCGGAUAGCUGAGAAUUAGUCACAAGUUUUGCAUUUGAUUUAAGUUUGGGUAUAUGUUUGUAUUUAAAAUCAAGUUGUGAGUUAUAUUCGGCAAAUUCCCUCGAAAAUUUCCCCUUUCUAAUAUUUUUCUUAUUAAUUUAUUAAUAAUUUAAAAAAGCCAAGUAAACGGUACCUAACGACUAGUUCAUAUUCCGUGACUAACGGACAAUUGAAUGUAUGCAAAAAAAGAUAGUUUGUGUAUUAAAUUUGAAUUAACUUAGAACAAUGAACACGUAUGCUCUCGGAUCCUACAAAGAACCUCGAUGUGGAACUAGUAGCUACAAAAUAUUGAGCUACAGGGCUUAUACUUAUGAACAUGAGUUUGAAAUCUACGACAUUAACUCUAAUACAUGGAGAAUUCUUGAUGCCACUUCGGACUUCAAGUUAUUGUUUAUUGGUACCAGCGUUUUUUUCAAGGGAAAGACAUAUUGGUUUGCUUCAGAUAGAGAAGAUGGACAACUCGGCAUGUUCUUGGUUAGUUUUGAUUAUACAACAGAGAGAUUUGGACGCUUGUAAGUGUCCGUCAGAUUUUAUUCAAGAUGCGGCUCUAUCCGUUGUUGGAGAAGAGAAGCUUUCAGUGUUAAAAAUUCACGGGAGAAAGAGAUUUGGGUAACAAAUUAAUAAGAUCGAUGGGAGUAAAGAGGUGUCCUGGAGAAAGUUCUUAACGGUAGACCCCCCGCCCCAAAGUGAUAUUUGGUUUAAUUUAACUCGUUUUUGGUGGACGAGGAGAAGAAAGUUGCCCUAUCUUAUGAGAAAUGUAUGUUUGAACGCAAAGAUUUGGUAUACAUUGCUGGGGAGGAUAAUGAAAUCAAACGAAUUGAUUUUGGAGCAGUUACAUGCGGUCGGCCAGUUCUUGAUUAUUUUCCAAGUUUGACUUAUAUCUAGCCAGGUGGAGGCUAAAGAAAAAGAGGUGGCUCCUACAUUCAACCUUUGUGUGUAUUUUCUUGAUCUAAUCUUCGCUGUCCUUUAAAUUUUUAGUAAUCCUUUGAGCAAGAUCAUUUUGUGAGCAGGCCCGACUCCCUAGGCAUGGAGCUCCGCCGUUCCAGAUCUGACGCCAAGACCUCCUUUUUCUGAAGAAUCUGUCCUCCUCCUCCAUGGUGUUGAUGGUGAAGGCCCCUCCUCCGUCGCGGUGCCGACCUCCUCCCGAUCCCCCACCAUCUAAGCUUCUUUCGGUAGCGUUUGAAACUCUCACUUCCAUCAUCCCACCUGAACCACCAGAUCCUCCAGACUCGUUAUUCGUCCUUGUUCAUCGUCUUCGGCCUUUGGCCUCGUUCUCUAGCGACUUCCAUAGCGUCUCUCUCGGAGCACUUACCCAAGCUUGGGAUUUCAAGUCUCCUCUCUCAGAUCUAGCGAUUAAUUCCAUUGGGAGUGCUGCUUCUCCUAGACCAUCGUACCUCUCCAACAAGCCUUGUGAAGGUAUUGUCUAUGUACCUCUUUGGAACAAAUCGUUUUUGAGGAAAGUUCGUUGUGAUGUCUGCCUGUUGAAACUCUAUUUACCUCAGUGUGAGGAUGUUACUCUCUCUUUAACUCUUUGGAUGAGAUCCAGUUUACCUCUGUAUGAGGAUGAUGAACUCCCUGUUAGCACUCUGCUACCUCGUUAUGAGGAUGUUCUCGUUGGUUUGAGUGGCGUUGUUACAGGGGACUUUGUGUUGAAGAAGAUAAUCUCAGAUGCAGAAACUAUGACCUCACUAGCUCUUUUUUCAGCAAUCUUUGAUACUGACCUCUUGGCCAUGAUGACCCUUGAGACUUUAAUGUCUUUCCUUUGUGAAAUUGUCUGGAACUGUCAAGAUGCAAAGGAUGUUUCUCUAGUGUUGGUGGGAUCUUCACUCAUGGUUGGAGCUUUGAUGAUUUGCUCAGUUCUUCUCAAGGCUAAGGAAUUAAGCCUCCUUAGAUUUCAUAUAUUCUCAGACUCUCAAGUCUUCAUAUCUACCCUGCGUUUAGGGUCUGGUUUGAAAGAGAUCGCAGGUGUUCUCCAUGACGGUAGAAGCCUUGCUACUCUCUUCAAUCCUCUAUCUUUUAGCUUCAUUCCUUGUAUUGAUUAUGUUCAGGUUGUUUCUUUGGCAAAGGCUAGCCUUGAAUGUAUGAUUGUUGAAAACUUUGUGUUUUAAGUUAUUUGAAUGAAAGAAAUAGUUGACAAAAAAAAA